AUGGCAAAAAUUCCGCGGCGAAACGGUCGCUGGCUCAAUCCGACGACCACCACCAAACGCCGGAACCAUCAUCGUAGAGAGAUCACUACGAGAGAUGCACUAACAAAUACAGCAUUUGAACGCCAUUCCUAUGGUUUGCAAGAUAUGAGGUCAGCAAGAUCUGUGGUUGCAGAGAACGCGUCUCGCCUCGCUUCUACAUCAAUGUCGCGUGGACAGGCACAUGGGGCUCUGGCCCAAGACCAUCAACGGUCGCCCACACGAACUAUUACAGGUCUUAGGCGGUGGUCUAUCAUCAAUCGAAGCUUACCAGCGGUGCCGCAAGUAAGAGCUAUUCAUGUCUACGAUUUCGACAACACGUUGUUUUCGAGCCCGCUGCCGAACCCUCAAAUAUGGAACGGCCCUACCAUCGGGUUCCUGCAAUCCUACGAGAGCUUCGCGAACGGCGGAUGGUGGCACGACCCGAAUCUACUCGCUUCUACAGGGGAUGGAAUUGAGAAAGAAGAACCUCGUGCGUGGGAUGGAUGGUGGAACGAGCAGAUUGUGCAAUUGGUCAAGCUUAGUAUGGAACAGAAAGACGCCCUGACCGUGCUCCUUACCGGACGGAGUGAAGUUGGCUUUGUGGAUCUUAUCCGCCGGAUUGUGGACAGUAGGAAGCUUGAGUUUGAUCUGAUUUGCCUCAAGCCCGAGGUUGGCCCCAACAGCGAGCGGUUUUCAACAACCAUGGAAUUCAAACAAUCUUUCCUUGAAGACCUCGUUCUCACAUAUGAGCAGGCUGACGAGAUUCGCGUCUAUGAAGAUCGUGUGAAGCAUGUUAAACACUUCCGAGAGUUCUUCGAGCUGCAGAACCGGAAGUUUCAGUCUACUUCGACGCCUUGUUCCAGAAAACCAAUCAAUGCGGAGGUGAUACAGGUAGCUGAAGGGUCUAUGUUUCUUUCUCCCGUAAUCGAAACAGCUGAGGUACAACGUAUGAUCAAUUCCCACAACCUUUCUAUUCGCGACCCAACCUUCAAUGGGACAAAGUCGCCGUAUGGUCGGCUCCGCAUCAAGCGCACUAUCUUCUACACUGCCUAUCUUAUCUCCAACGCAGACUCCGGUCGUCUGAUUAGCCAGUUAUUAACUCCAAUGCUGCCCUCCGGGCUUGCUGAUUCCAAUGAUUUGAAGUACAUGGCUAACUGUAUUCUAAUCACCCCACGCCCUGCCCCUAGGUCCAUUUUGGAUAAGAUUGGUGGCAUUGGGAAAAAGCUGAGCUGGCAGAUCACAGGAACUGCAGUUUUCGAGAACAAAGUCUGGGCUGCUCGGCUGACCCCUGUCCCAGCAACAGAGAAAUACUACACUGAGAAUCCAUGUCCUGUGGUAGUGCUUGCAGUGCGCAAAGGCGCACGGCCAAUUGAUGCCGGCAAGAUUCAAAAUUGGCAACCUGUCCCUAGUGAUAAAGCCUUGACCCUUGAGACCGUCGUCGGGGAGAAAGUAGUCCUCCGUGUCGAAGAGGAGAACCCUAACGAGGGCGAAUGGGAAAUGGCCGACAUCUUGAUGAUGGCCCUCGUCGUGGAUCCCACCGCGGUCGUGGCCGUGGCACGGGUUCGCGAGGAAGAGGAAACUCCAGUCGGGGAGGCGCCCGUGGCCGUGGCCGUGGCCGCGAUGCUGGCCCUCCAGGCUAUAGAUCAUUGGAUGACUAUGGAGGGCACGAAGGAGGAGGAUAUGAGGAAAAGCCUGGUCCAGGUAGUGGGCCAGUGA